AUGAGAACUGCGGCGCUUUUCGUCAUGCUUCUCCUCGUCUUCAUUGCCACAGGCACUGCUCAAGAUGGGAAGACGGAAAAUGGAGGGAUCGAUAAGCCAACUCCGGAGCCAACAGACAAGGAGACGACACAAAAGAAGAUCGAAGAAAAGCCGAAGGAGACGGGACCAAAGGACAAGCCCAACGAGAAGGAUUCGUCGAAGACACCUCCUGUCGAUACUCCAAGAAACGGAGGAGACGAGAAGGGAUCAGGAUCUGAAAAUUCUGAAGGAGGAACUGGAGUUGAAGAAGGAGCUGGAAGUGAAGGAGGAGCUGGAAGCGAAGGAGGAGCUGAAGGUGUGCCAGAGGGACCAGAGGAAGCUGCAGUCACCAGUGAAUCGAACAUUGUCGGAGGUCUUCUUGGAGUCGCCGCUGUUCUCACUUACUUGUUUUAA